AUGUCCGCCCCAACCCCAGAGACAACAUCAGCGCAUGCACAAGGAAAGACUUCAGGGCAAGAUGAGGAAUUUGAAGAAGUAAUAGAAAUCCACUGGCCUAUGGAAAUACCCAGACAAGCUAGUUUCGCCGUGUACUCAUCCCAGCCGUUGGUAAUAUCAGCACCCAGCUCGAUGCAAAUACACGCGUUGACACCGAUCCAUAUUCAAUCCGACAGCAAACUUACGAUUUCGCCGGCUGGCCCCGCAACACCAGGAUUCGCAAGGGGCUGGAGCAAGUUACCAACCGAACUGAAACUCGAGAUACUUCGCAAUAACCUCCUGUAUCCCUCUCCACUCUGGCCAGCAAACAUCAACACCGUAAUACGCAGGGAGCUGUUCCCGUACCUGAGGAUGACACCAGACAUCGCUGAGAUGGCCAAAUCCGUAUUCUACCAAGAGAACAAGUUCGUCAUGCAGUUCACCAACUCGCUACAUUUUCCAAACUCGAUACUGGCGAAGCCUCCCAUGGGUAUACGGCCUCAGCUCCGUCAUAUCACUUUCCAGACUCGUCUGUGCGAAUUCGACUGGCAGAUACUACGAGCAAUGUGCGGAGAAGAUCGUGCUGGCUUCACGGGACUUGUUCAUCUCAAAGUGAGAUAUUUGUCAGGUGAGGAUGCAGCAAUCCUCGAACUUGCUAAGGAUGACCUGGUACGGAGGCCCAUGUCUUUCGACGAGUGCUAUUUAUUGCGCCGAGGAGAACCCGUGAAUCUGCCGUUUGACGGCGUAGUUACGUUUGAUCGGUCGGGCUUUGUGGGACGUCGAAACCCUGAGGAGGAUGAAGCGCAAUGGGAAUUGACGCGUCGCGUCGAAGGGUUUGUGACGAGGGAUAUUACUUUCACUAAAUAA